AUGGCUGGACUGAGCACCACAGCAGCUUACAUGAAGCAUGCAGAGUGUGCUCCAUCAAGAAGAAAAGACUUGACAAAUUCUCUUGAGCAAAAGAUAAAGCACUUGGAAAAACAGAGACAAGAGCUCUUGGAAGUCAAUCAACAGUGGGACCAGCAAUUCCGAAAUAUGAAGAAGUUAUAUGAAAGAAAGGUCCUGGAGCUGAAAACUAAGCUGGCUGCGGCAGAAGUCACUCACACCCUUGAGAAGGAGCAGAAGCAAAUCAUGGCAGAGGGCGACAGGCAGCUUGAGAAGGAAAACAACAGCCUAAGGGAAGAAUUACAAGCACUGAAGAAGGAGAACAAGCUGUUGAAGGAAAACAAUGCUCUGGCAAAUAGGAAGAAAGAACAUUAUGCCUGUGAAAUUAAACGACUCAAUAAGGCUCUUCAGCAUGCCUUGACAAUUGGGAGUGCUUCAUUUUCCGAGGACUCGGGGAAGUGCAGGUGCAGCCACGCGGAGAUGAGAACAGAGGUGGAAAGUCACCAGCAGCAGCCAGACUAUCAGUGGAAUGCUCUCAACCAGCUUCCUCCCCAUGCACAGCACAAGGCACAUGGUUUCUCUUCAGAAAGAAAAUUCAACCGGUAGAGAUGCAUGCUAGCAGAGAGGAACAGGCAGUGGGCUCUCAGCUGUGGCCACUUUGCUUCUUCAGGACAGCUGUGAAUUUAUUCUCCUUUGAGAUUUGCUCACGUUUCCUUCCCUGUGUCCUGGAUAGAGGAAAAGUCAGGACCACUGAGACACAAUAGAACAGCAAGAUGCUCUGCAGCUCUGCAGCCACGCUGAGCUUUUCUCCACAAUGACACAGGACAGCUGAUUACAUGCUUCUCCUCAAAACUCUCUUCAACUAACCACUGAUGGGUUUGCGAAGAUGACUCCAGAACUUAAAUGACUUCAGCUAUGGUGGUGUGACAUUAUAUACUGAUUUAGAAUGUACACAUAUUAAGCCAAGCACAGUGGCA